AUGGAGCUGCACUUCUCCAUCCUCGGAGCCAUUGUUGCCUCACUUUUUCUCUUCUACUACUUAAGGCCAAAAAUCGCCACACAGAAAUCCCCACCGGAAGCUAGCAGGGCCCGGCCCUUCACCGGCCAUCUCCACCUUAUGUCCUCUGGCUCCGAGCUCCCCCACAUCACGCUGGCCGCCCUUUCCGACAAGUUGGGCCCAGCCUUCACAAUCCGUCUGGGCGUGCGGCGGGCCCUGGUCGUCAGCAGCCGGGAGCUCGCCAAACAUCUCUUCACCACCUGUGACUCAGCCAUAUCCUCCCGCCCGGUCCUUCGGGCUGCCUGCCACCUCAGCCGCGGCUUCGCCACCUUCGGAUUCUCCCCCUAUGGCCCGCACUGGAGCCGCAUGCGCAGGCUCGUCUCUACUGAGCUCCUCUCGGCCCGGCAGGUCAAGCUGCAGCGAGACGUGCGCUCAUUUGAGACAGCCUUGUCGGUUAACCAGCUGUUCCGUAGGUGGGAAGAGAGGAAGGAUGGGUCGGGCUGGGUUUUGGUUGACAUGAAGAAGUGGCUGUGGGAGCUGAACUUGAACGUGGUGCUGAGUCUGGUGGCUGGCAAGAGGUUGGGCAUUAAUGGGGAUGCGGAGGAGAUGAGGCGGUGCCGGGAGAUGAUGAGGAGUUUUUUUGAGCUGGCAGGGAUGUUUGUGCUGGCCGACGCUUUGCCUUGUCUGCGGUGGCUCGAUAUUGGGGGCCACGAGAAAAGGAUGAGGGAAAACGCGAGGGAGAUGGAGAGACUGGUCGGGGGAUGGCUGGCGGAGCAUCGGGAGAAGGAUUAUGGUGAUGAUGACAAGCCGCCGGAUUUUAUGGAUGUGAUGUUGUCGGUUAUGAGAGGCGGUGAGUUUCAGACUGAGUAUGAUGACGAUACCAUCAUCAAGGCCACUUGCGAGGCUUUGAUCAUAGGUGGGACGGACUCAACCACAGUGAUGUUAAUAUGGGCCCUUUCCUUCCUACUCAACAACCCUCACGCAUUGAAAAAGGCUCAGAAAGAGCUGGAUACACACGUGGGAAAGGAAAGGCAUGUGGACGAAUCGGACAUUGGCAAUCUAGUGUAUCUCCAAGCCAUCACAAAAGAGACCCUGCGGUUAUGCCCCGCGGGGCCCCUGCUUGGCACACGCGAGUUCUCCGAGGACUGCAAUGUUGGUGGCUACCACAUCCCCAAGGGGACGUGGCUGAUGGUGAACGCGUGGAAGCUGCACCGGGACCCACACGUGUGGGGACCCGACGAACUGGAGUUCAAGCCCGAGAGAUUUCUUGGCGAACACGGGAACUUGGAUAUGAAAGGUCGUGAUUUCAAGUUGAUCCCAUUCAGUGCAGGCCGGAGGAUCUGCCCGGGGGCAAACUUUGGCCUGCAGAUGAUGAAUUUGGUGCUGGCUAACUUGUUGCACGAGUUUGAGCUGUCGACCGUGUCUGGUGAGGAGGUGGAUAUGACGGGGAGUCAUGGGAUGAUCAAUAUGAAAGCCACGCCUCUUGAUAUUGAGACUUCAAGUUUGAGAAGCAACAUAUAA